AUGACCACAAAAUCAAGAAGCUUGGAGAAGGUUCUUGGACCUUCACCCAAUGUCACCACUAACUCAAUUGUUCUGAUAGCUGCUGACCCUUCUCCAGAAAACUCGUAUAGAAUCAUGGAAGUUGCCUUCAGCGGGAAAGAAAUUGAGGGUCCUUCUCUAAAGGGGAUUCAAGAAGAAAAGGCAGAAGAAGAGGAGAGUUGUGAAAAAGUUGAGCCCCAAGUGGAGGAAAAGGUUACUGAAGGCCUUGCAACCAAGGAGAAGAUUCAACCGGUAGUUGUUGAUUCUAAUGUCAAAAUCCCGUAUCCACAACGACUCCAGAAGAAUUCCCUUGACAAACAAUUCUCAAAGCUUCUUGAGGUGUUUAAAAAGCUUCACAUUAACAUCCCAUUUGUUGAGGCUUUGGAGCAAAUGCCGAGUUAUGUGAAAUUCAUGAAAGAGAUUUUAUCGAAGAAACGAAGGUUGGAAGACUUUGAGACAGUGGCACUUACCGAGGAGUGCAGUGAAAUUCUCCAAAGGAAGCUUCCACAAAAGCUUCAAGAUCCGGGGAGUUUUACUAUCCCUUGUACUAUAGGGAAAUUUGAAUGCAAACAUGCUCUUUGUGAUCUUGGAGCAAGUAUCAAUCUCAUGCCUCUAUCUGUUUUUCGGAAGCUUGGUCUUGGUGAGGCAAAGCCUACUACUAUUACUCUUCAGCUCGCAGAUCGAUCAAUCAAGCACCCAAGGGGAGUUAUUGAAGAUGUGUUAGUCAAGGUUGACAAGUUUAUUUUUCCAGCAGAUUUCAUUGUUCUAGAUAUGAAGGAGGAUACAACGGUUCCCAUUAUUCUUGGGAGACCAUUCUUGGCUACCGAGCAAGCCCUUAUUUAUGUGCAAAAGAGUGAGUUGAGGUUGGGAGUUCAAGGGAAAGAAGUGGUCUUUAAUGUAUUUAAGGCUAUGUCUUAUCCAAGAGCAAGUGAUAGUUGCUUUAAUAAUGAUGUGAUUGAUGAGGUGGUUUUGAAAAAGAGGAUUACUAAUGAUCCUCUUGAAUUGGCUCUGGCGGUGGGUGGUGAUAAUGAAGAGGAGGAUUGGGAGAAUCAUGAAAAUUUGAAGAAUUGGGGCAAGUACCUGAGCCCCAUACCAUCUAUUGAGAAGCCUCCAGUCCUUGAGUUGAAGUCUUUACCAGAGCAUCUUUGUUAUGUGUACUUGGGGGAGAAAGAAACGCUUCCUGUUAUUAUAUCUUCAUUGCUAUCAAAAGGUGAAGUAGAAAAACUUUUGAGGGUUUUGAGGGCUCAUAAAGGUGCUAUUGGGUGGACUUUGGCUGAUAUUCGAGGAAUUAGCCCUUCAACGGUUAUGCACAGAAUUCUUAUGGAAGAAGAUAGCAAACCUUCCAUUGAAGCUCAACAAAGGCUAAACCCUCUAUGA